AUGGCUCCUACCACCCUCACACAAUCUGGACACACAAUGUCCACCCUGAUGAAGCGAAGCACCGGAAGCGACUACUCUCUUUACAUCUUCUGUAUCAUCGCCGGCUGUAUUGGAGUCAGCUUGAUUGGAUUCGGUCUGUACACUAUGUACCACGGCGUUGACAGCACCGGUAUUCGCGACGUUUCCUACGAGCAGAGAAGAUACAUGCGCGAAGUUCGGGCGCGAAACCUCAAUGGCUUUGCUGUUACUGCGAAGCGGCCGGAUAUGAUUAUUCCUAUUCAGGAAAUGAGGGAGUGA